UCCAUCCACAACUACUAUUCUAUUGUUUCUCCAUCAGCUUUACUAUCUGUGUAUAAUUCUGUGUAAUAAUUUCUAAUUUGUUCAGUUCUUCUGCACCGCAUGGUUCAUCUUUGGAAUGCUGCCGUUUUUCAACUUUGUGAUUCAUUUUAUACAGCUUGCCUUGUACCUGUGAGUGAAUCCACGCCCUCACUGUUCCUUCACGCCACUGUUUGUAUACGCCUGGAGUGGCACACGCAUCUCCCGGCUGCAGCGGUGCCAUCAGUCUCUGUCAAUUCAUGCUUUGUGCGUGCUGGCUGUACUCAGGGAUGACAUUCAGCUGCAGCUGGGCCGGAGCAUUCGCCUUUGUCUGGAUAUGCGCAGUCUCUGCUCAGGACUGGCGUGCAGAGGUGCCGGCCUCACUCACUGCCUUGUCUGGCCUUUGCCUCACCAUCCCUUGCAGAUACCAUUACCCAGGUUCCAAGUUUUCAGAAGACAAGCUUACAGGCAUCUGGUAUCGAGGGUACUUUGUGGCACAGGUGUACAACAGCAAGCAUCCUGAUGUUGUUGACCCCCUUUUUCGCAAAAGGACAAGCCUCGUCGGAUCACUGGAGAGCAAUGAGUGCUCUCUCAAGAUACAAGAGAUAGGGGAGAGUGAUGCCCAGACAUACAUGUUUCGAAUUGAGAUAGAAAACAUAGAAAAAUACACCUACAAGGAUCGCACUGUCACUGUAAACAUCACUGUGACACCUCACAGCCCAUCAGUGAACUGCCCAGGGGUUCUCAUGGAGGGAGUUCCUGUCUCUCUCACCUGCACCACUGUUCACACCUGUUCUGAUGCUAAACCUACAUUGAGCUGGAGCCACAUAAAUGCGAACAAUGCCAUUUCCCAGCCUCAGGAGCAGCACGCUUUACAGGACGCAUGGGAGGAAAGAUCUGUGCUGAGUUUAGUGCCCUCUGCUGCUAGCCACUUGGAAGAGAUACAGUGCAUUGCGAAAUACCCCGACGGACAGCAGGGAUUCGGAAAAAAGUGCAGGCUCAUAGUGAACUACAUUCCAAAAAACGUCACAGUGUCAGUGCAGUCUCCGGUGGGUGACAUUAAGCAGAGGGACACAGUGAUCCUGUCCUGUCAGUCAGAGAGCCACCCCUUGCCCCACUCCUUCUCUUGGGUGAGGGUGCAGGAUGGAUUGGAGGAGCCUCUGCAAGAGGAGACUGGGCAGGAGCUGACUCUGCCAAACAUAGGCCAUGAGCCUGGUUGGUUCCAAUGCCAGGCGGAAAACUCCAUGGGUGUGGGUGUGGCCCAGCCAAUAAGCUUGAAUGUACUGUAUCUCCCAGUGAUUCUGGAGCCCAGCUGGUGUUUGGUGCAGUCUGGAGAAAUGCUCUGUGAGUGUGUGGCCCAGGCUAACCCACCGCCAUCUAUACACUGGACCCAUCCAGUGACAAAGGACAGAAUUGAAGGACAGAUGAACUCUUCAGAAUCUUUUGGCCACCAAGUCAGAGCUUCGCUCAGAACAUCACUGUCCACCAUGAAAUUCACAGGUGAUGACUUCGCUGUCGUCAACACAACAGCUGACCAAGAAGGACUUUCUAACAUAACCUUCUCCUGUGUCGCCGAGAAUAAUUUAGGCUCAACUAUUCUGAUUUUCACACUGAAGGAGAAGGUCUCCCCCACCAAGUCAGCUAGGGGGGCAAAGCACCGUGUAGGGUUGGUGGUCAGCCUUGUGGUGGGGAUGAUAGCAUUGCUCUCUGCAGUUGGAGGUCUCGCCUUCAAAGGUUGGAGGACACUGAGGAUAGUCAAAACGCGAGAUCCCGACGAGAGAAAUGUCAGAACUGGCCUCUUUCUACUCCACAAUGUGUGACGCAAUGGCUCCAAGGGAAAGGAACUUGUGGGAAAUACAUACUUUCUUCAACAAAUACUGGCAUGCUAAAAAAGGUGUUAAUAGAUAUGCAGCAACUAAUUAAAAAAGCCAUACUUAAGUCUAAUAUGUAACAAUGACAGAUCUAAAAAUAUGUUUUUUUAAAGAAGGAAAUACAGCACAUGCAAUACAUCAUACUAUAAUCAACUAUUAUUAUACUGU